AUGACUUACGAAGAAGGUGGGGAAAGGGAAAAGGGGUGGUACGCACUUCUAACUUCCGACACGCAAUCGCAAAAGUCCACUGUGAUUAGCACACUGGAGACGGAUGAAGCGUUCUAUGAAGAUAUUGUGGAUUAUUUUAGUUUACUUACCGACAAAAAGAUUAAGAAUCGAUCUCUUGCACUCGAUCGAAUUCAGCAGUGCCUGUUGCGAAACGUUCAGCAAGAUGUUUUUCUCAAACAUGCGGAUUCUCUCUGCACAGACCUCCUUUCCUACAUCCGGAAAGAAAAGCCCGUGGAAGUCGCCAUCAGUAGUUGUCGCAUCCUCGCGCUGCUCCAGAUCAGUUUAGCGUUAGACACGUCCGUCACCUACGACAUUGCCUAUCCCGUGUUGCUCCAACGCCUCCGCAGCUCGAAGAGCGUUCCUCUUCUCAUCGAGUGCUUCCGCACGGCCUCGAUCAUCCUCUUCGUCUGCGACGCUCGCGAUGAAGAUGUCCUCGAUCUCCUCUCUCUUCUCUCCGACCGCAUUUCCUCCUCUUCCACCGACCCCGCCCUCGCCGCGACCGCCAUCGACAUGUGGAUGUUCCUCUCCUCGACGCGUUCGCGCCACGAAGUCCUCGCCGCGCUCCCUUCCAUGGUCACGUGGGUGUCGGCGAAACUGUCGCAGCAGAGCGUGGCAAUCCGGAUUGCCGCCUCCAAAUGCCUCGCGUUUCUUCGCGAGCUGCACCUCUCUGUAGCGAGAACCGCGGGGAUGGCAUGUAGACGGGGGAGGCGGAGGUGCAGGCGGCGCGGGAGAUCGAAAAACGCGUGGAAACCGCGGUGA